AAAAAAGCCACAGAGUGACACAAAACCAAAACAAAAGCUGCAAAUCUUCAUGCUUUAGAAAGCAGGAAUUGCUACCAUGUCCAGGGGGAGAAGUCUAAAAUGCUGCAGGCUGGCAUGCUCAAAUAAUCUUUCCGCUGUAACACUAAAACACUCGGAGCAAACAAUCAUUUCCUCUGCGUGCUCUGAGCUCUUAUCUCCGGUCACCACUGGGCGUUUGGGACCGUCUCCUCUCGUUUUCACUGACAUCUGGCACCCCGGUUCAUCCUGGCUGAGCUGUCCGGUUUGUUUUGACUACAAACAUGCGACAGAAGGGAUGAGCAGAGGGAUGAAAAAAAAACAAAAAAAAACAUGACAACAAACACACCAACGAGCUGUGGGGCUGUGUGCGACGAUGCCAGCGCAGCAUUAGACCAAAACACUCUUGGUGGGCCUUUCUUCAGCUGCGCCCGACGCGCAGAGCCAGGCUGGUUUUUUAAGCUCCUUACCUGCUGUUAAAAUUGGCCGUAACUCUCGGGAGAGCUGUGAUGUCAGAUUACAAAGGCCUCGUUUAGAUUGCUGCACUUUCUGAAUGAGCGUUCAGUCAUCCAGCAGCGUUGAGUUUCCUGUGAAUGAAAGCUGAGCGACUGGACGAUCUCUGGCUCUCACAAAAGUCUUUUCUGGACACAAGCCGCUGUCUAGUAAUCACAUCAGUACAGUUCGGAGGGUGGAGGAAGUUUCAGGUCCUUUUCUUCCUGUCAGGAAAAUGAGCAACUCGAUACUCUCGAACACCUUGGGAGAAGCAAAGAACAUCCCUCCGUACCCGGGGCCCAACAGGAUGAGGGACUGUUACUGCACCGUUAACCUGGACCAAGAGGAGGUGUUCAGGACCAAGAUCAUCGAGAAGUCACUCUGUCCGUUCUACGGAGAGGACUUCUACUGUGAGAUCCCACGCAGCUUCAGACACCUCUCCUUCUACAUCUUCGACAGGGACGUCUUCAGGAGGGACUCCAGUAUCGGCAAGGUUGCGGUGAAGAAGGAGGACCUGCAGAAAUAUCACGGCAAAGACACCUGGUUUCAGCUACAACCUGUCAGCGCUGACUCAGAGGUGCAGGGAAAAGUGCACCUGGAGCUGCGUCUGAGUGAAGUCAUCACAGACAGCGGAGUCAUCAGCCAUAAACUAGCCACACGAGUGCUGGAGUGCCAAGGUCUCCCAAUCGUCAACGGCCAAUGUGAUCCCUACGCUGCUGUCUCCUUACUAGGACCUUCAAGGUCGGAAGCCAAGAAGACCAAGGUGAAGCGGAAAACCAACAAUCCGCAGUUUGAGGAGGUUUUCUAUUUUGAGGUGACACGGCCAUUAAGCUACACAAAGAGGCAGUUUGAUGUUGAAGAAGAGGAUGUCGACAAGCUGGCACUGAGAGUGGAUCUGUGGAACGCCAGCAACCUGAAGUUUGGGGACGAGUUCCUGGGAGGUGUGCGUGUCCCUCUCCGGGCGUUGGGUCAAGCUGGGGUCCACGAUGCAUGGUACUUUCUCCAGCCGAGGGAAAACGGAGGGAAGUCAGUGAAGGUAGAAGAGCUCGGCUCUCUGCGUCUGAACAUCGUUUACACUGAGGACCACGUCUUCCCCUCCGAACACUACACCCCCCUCAGAGAUCUACUGCUGCAGUCGGCUAAUGUUGGGCCAGUGUCGGCGUCCACAGCUCAUAUUCUGGGGGAGGUGUGUCGAGAGAAACAAGAAGCUGCCAUCCCCCUCGUGCGUCUGUUUCUUCACUAUGGCAAGAUUGUGCCUUUUAUCAGCGCCAUCGCUCACGCUGAAGUCAACCGCACACAGGAUCCUAACACCAUCUUCCGGGGAAACUCGCUGACCUCCAAGUGCAUCGAUGAGACCAUGAAGCUGGCGGGAAUGCACUAUCUGCAAGUCACACUCAAACCCAUCAUAGACGAGAUCUGCGCAGAACACAAACCCUGUGAAAUCGACCCGGUCAAGCUCAAAGAGUCAGAGAACCUGGAGACCAACAGGGAAAACCUUCGCCAUUAUGUCGACCGUAUCUUCAGCGUUAUCACCACCUCUGGCGUCCGCUGUCCCACCGUCAUGUGUGACAUCUUCUUCUCUUUGAGAGAGUCCGCGGCCACCCGGUUCGAAGUGGACCAAGAUGUCCGAUACACAGCAGUGAGCAGUUUCAUUUUUCUGCGUUUCUUCGCUCCAGCCAUCCUCUCGCCCAACUUGUUCCAUCUACGGCCGCACCAUCCAGAUCCAGCCACCUCUCGGACCCUCACCCUCAUUUCCAAGACGAUCCAGACUCUGGGAAGUCUCGCCAAGUCCAAAUCUGCCAAUUUCAAAGAGUCUUACAUGGCUGCAUUUUAUGACUACUUCAAUGAGCAGAAAUAUGCGGACGCUGUGAAGAAUUUCCUGGACCUGAUCUCCACCUCUGGGAAAUGGGAUCAGAAGAGUAUUGAAACACCGAUCAUGCUCAAGGAGGGGUUUAUGAUAAAGAGAGCACAAGGGAGAAACCGCUUUGGAAUGAAGAACUUCAAGAAGAGAUGGUUUCGCCUCACCAACCACGAGUUCACCUACCACAAAACCAAAGGUGAGGGAGCUCUGUGCAGCAUUCCCAUCGAGAACAUCCUGGCUGUAGAGAGGCUCGAGGAGGAGUCAUUCAAGAUGAAAAAUAUGUUCCAGGUCAUUCAACCAGAGCGCGCACUCUACAUCCAGGCCAACAACUGUGUCGAGGCCCGCGACUGGAUCGACAUCUUGACCAAAGUCAGCCAGUGCAACCGCAAACGCUUAAGCACCUACCACCCUUCCGCCUACCUCAACGGCCACUGGCUCUGCUGCAAGCUCUCAGCCGACGCAGCCCCCGGGUGUACGCCCUGCACCGGCGGCCUCCCUGCAAACAUCCAGCUGGACGUAGACGGAGACAGAGAGACGGAGAGGAUUUACUCCCUGUUCAGCACAUACAUGACCAAACUGAUCAAGAUGCAAGAGGCCUGUGGCAGUAAGUCUGUGUAUGACGGGCCCGAACAGGAGGAGUACUCCAGCUUCGUCAUCGAUGACCCCCAGGAGACCUACAAAACCCUGAAACUCAUUGUCUCCGCCGUGCAGACCUUGGAGCAGCAGCACACCAAGUACAAGCGCGACAAGUUCAAGAAGACAAAGAUAGGCAGCCAGGAGCACCCGAUUGGAGACAAGAGUUUUCAGUGCUACAUUCGCCAACAGUCUGAGAGCUCCACCUACUCCAUCUAGCCUUGGCCCUGUGUACUGUUUCCAAGAUGCCCAGAAACCAGCAAAUUUCUUUCUGUACUGCAAGAAAUCCAUCUUAACAACACUCUGUGUCUCGUAUUGGCUUUUAAAUCUCUGUUUUUACUUGAUUAAGUUGAGAUGAUGCCACUUGUUUCCAAUGCAGCUGGAGUUUCGUCUCACUGGCUUCAGUUUUAGAAGACUGAGGGUCCAGACCAAUACCAGACUACAUGAGCCGUGCUGAUGGACAUUUUUUGCAUCGUCUCAAGGUGCAUCACUCCAAAUUUUUCGGAGAACAGACCUCAGAUGUGCAAGAAAAAAAAGAGGAACAAUUGUGCAGGAAAGGAGGGAUACAAAUGAAGAGAUAAUCAUACCACGCAUCUGUUUUGGUCUCCUUUCUGUGAUGAGACGAGACAGCAAACAAACAAACAAAAAAAAUAAAACGUUUUCACUGGACAGUUUUUGACAGUGACCAACACGCACUUUAAUCGCCUCCAAAUCUUUGGAUGAACAAGCCUCGCAGCACACUUUCAAAAAAGCUUAUUUUAUUUGUUUGAUUUGUAUCUGGUUAUUUUAAUGGUUGUUGAAUUGAUCCGUUUUAUUUCACUCCGUAUGGAAGGAAGCAAAGACUGUAAUUUUGCCCUCUUUGGGUGGUGUUGUUCCCAUGUACCUGUGCUUUUAUUUUUAUUUUUUUUUGUAUCUAUUUUUGUUCUAAUUUUGUCCCCAACCUCCUCAGGAAGGCUGUGAAGCUCAAGGGCACACAAGAAGGGAUUGUCGGGACCAAGCACAGCCGAGAGCAACUUGAUGUUAGGUAUAUAAAAAAAAAUGUUAGCUAUAAAAAAAAAAAAAAAUCACUCCACGGACAGUUUUAUCCCUCAUUUUUAUCCCUAUCAUCAGUGUGCUGACAGAUAAAGAGGAUCAAGUUUUCAUCAGAAGCCUUGAUCUGUUGUUGGAUAUCUUGCCCCUGUGCAACCUCUACCUGGGUCAAGGGAAAAGCUUGUUUCCGAAGAGUUUUUUUUCUUCUUUCUUUCUGCUUACACAGAGUCAGACAAACUCAGCUGAUGCCUUGUUUUGUUUCUUUGUAUGCUGUUUGAAUGUAUGUUGAAGAGUUUCCUUGGCAUCACUGAGUUUCAGGAUGUCAAGUGGCAGCGUCUCUUUUAAGUAAGACAAAACACACUGGAUGAUUUAGUUGAACUCCAUCUUGAUCUCCACAUUAUGUCAGACCUAAUAACCAGGUUCUGUUAAGGGCCCAUGUUGACUCCCACAAUAACCAAAUAUUCAGUAAAAUGCAUUUUGUAACCACGAUUUUUACCGAAAUAACAUUCUUACAACGAGCAGUCAGUGGUCACUUUAUUAGCUACACCUGUAUAAUUUAUUGCGAUUUUAUACAGUAGUCCUGCUGUAGAUUCCACCUUCCAGGUAGUUUACAAUAAUCAGAAUUUGGAGAAAUAAGAGAUUUGUUGUCUGUUUCAAUUGUGUGACAGAGAUAUCCACUUAAAUUAGCUUGCUAAUCAGAUAGCUUUUUCGUAAUACCACUCUGGGCUCCCGCGAGUCUGCAUUGCUAGCUGCACAGCUAACUGAGCUAACUUUCUGCAGUAGCGCCUACAUUUAGCGGUAGUUAGCAGUUACUCUGGUGAUAUGCUGCACCGCAUUUGUUUGACAUACAAGUCCAAAGGUCAUCAGGAAAUGUAGGUGUUGUGUUCUUGGUUAGUUACUCAUUUUUGUGAAUAAUCAUUAGCAAUUCCAAUUAAAGUAGCUUUAAUCAUAAUGUAAAUGUUGCAGGUUCAUACCAUAGGAAACGGUGUGUUUUGCUGCUUUUAAGAGGUGCUGAUAUUAAUUUCAAAGUCCAGUACUUAAUUCAACAUACAAUCAAACUGCAUGUGGACACAAUCAGAAUAUUUGUAUGUUUUGCUCUGUGUGUAAUUUUUUUUUGAAAAAAGUAGCCAAACUGUCCCUUCAGCUAUCACAAAGCAGAAACUAUGUGUUAGCACAGAUGGUUUUUAGCUUAACUUCUAAUUAAUCAAUAUACUAACAUUUUAACCUGUCUUGUCUCAAGUUAUGAUUGUGAAAUGGAUAGUGUGUUACUGGUUGUGUUGCCCUGUUGGCUGCCUAAUAAUGUAGUACUUUUCUUUUGUGAGGUUAACUCUGUCUUACUUUGGGGCGAAGCUGCGCCUUGUAGUUUAUUUAUGUGCAUUCCUUUGAGAAACUGCCUGCUGUGAAUCUUACCCGUCAGCACCCCCCAAUCUGUUGAAGGUACAGGACUUAUUGUUGUGAACCACUUGUGUUGUUCUACGCUUCCCAAAGGCAACCAGUCUCAUUAGCAUUCAUUUCCAUCAGCACUCACUCUCGCCAAACCAGUGCAUGUGAAGUGUAGUUGUAGUCACAGCGAUGGUAGCAUCCACAGUCGCUCCUGUGCAACUUGGUGACGACAAACCGCGGCAAAAGAUUUUUGUAUUUUCCAAAACUUAGUUAUGUAGCCUCAUGGGUAGUUCCCGUGAUCACAGGAUCCCAAACAGUGCCAGUCAUCACUUUUAUAAAAUUAUCUUUUUGAAAAACAAGCAAAAAAAAAUCAUUGUUUAGACAUGUUUUUUAUAUCUCAAAACCUUUAUUGUUUUAAAAAACAGACGAUUACUCUGAUGACAUCUUUUUCUUUGUCGAAUAUGUUGAUCUAAGAACUGUAAGGAGGGUCUCAACGGUUUGACUGUUUUCUAUCUUUGUCUUGUCAUACAGAAACUGGCUGUGUAUCUGAACUGAAUGACUGAGGUGUAUGUGUUUUGUGCGUAUGUAUAUUUGAGUGUGCAUUUUGUCAGUGUGUGCAUGAGUGACUGACAUGACGGGUUGUAUUGCCAAUUGAAUUAACCAGGUGUUACAGGUCAGGAGAGGCAGUCUCACUUGUUAAAAAAGAGAAAAUCACUGCCUGUAAUUAUCUGAUUGAGUGGAUCUCCUCUUUCCUCUUGUAUAGAACCACUGUUCCAUUUCAAGGAACCUUUGCCAAUAUAUUCUCCCCAAACACUUUAUGUUUGCCACACAGUAAUAACAUUGAUUGAAACUUCAAGAGAGCAGCGUUGCUUUAACUUCUGAACUUUGGUGAGUGUUUGUUUCCACCUGUUAUUAACUCUCCUCAGGUUUACGAAACUCUUUUUUGUUGUUGUUGUUCUUUUGCCAUAACCGAGGAGACUCGGACUGAAUUAUAAACCACCAAACAGCUGUCUCUCAUCUCUAACUUGGUUAUCAUAUUUAUUAUCAUUUUCAACAAACCUUCCCAGAAACAUCGGCUUAGUUAGUAGUGUAAUGGCAGUUACAGUAACGGCAACUCCUCCACCCCGAAGCCCACAAAGGAAUGACUUAUGCAAUAAUGGUGUGUCAGCAUGCAAUAAUAUUAACAGCCCCUCAUCAAAAUGAUCAAAAAUUAACAACGCACAUCUGUUGACCUUUUUUUUUUGCAGUAAAAUGCCUCUACAGAUAAACACAUAUUAUAAAGGGAGAGCAGUGUAUUUUGUACAAAUAUUUUAAAAGUAUUAAAAUAAGCCUGUUAUAUGUGUACAUAAAACAGUUGAAUGAAUGGUGAAAAAUGUGAUGUGUUUUUUCCUCAAUAACUAAAUGAAACCAAUAUUAAUGCAAA